AUGUUCACUCAACGCAACGCACUCUUCAUCGCUUUGGCCAUCACUUUCACCAAUCUUCUUCUCAGUGUUCAAGGUCUCGCGCUCCCAUUGAGCAGUCAGACACAAGCAGUCCAUUCAUCAUAUCUCAAGAGAAACGUCAACUCAACGAUCAGCGCUCCGGUCAAUCCAAAGCAUGACUUGCCGGGUCAAUCCGGUGUCCCUCUGGUCCAGCGCGACAUCCCUCCUCCCGUGCUGAAAGCGAUCGAGACGGUCGGUAAAUUCGUCAAGCGGGAUUCCUUGGCUGAGCGCGACAUCCCUCCUCCCGUGCUGAAAGCGAUUGAGACGGUCGGUAAAUUCAUCAAGCGGGAUUCUUUGGCUCAGCGGGACAUUCCUGCUCCCGUGUUGAAAAUGAUUGAGACGGUCGGCAAACUUGUCUAG